AUGUGGAGAGAAGUAGGUUGCGUCGGAUAUGUUGCGAAGAAUACUCGGAAGAUAACUGUCUCCUAUAAACGUCAAUUCCGAGACCGAUGGGAAGGAUAUGAAGAAUUCGUGGUAUUUGAGGACCGUAAAAUCGGAAUCACAAAACACAAGGGAGUGCAAGAGAGGAAACUUGGUAGAAUGUGGCGACAAAAGGAAAAGAUCGAGAUCGUGCUCCCGGGCACCUAUCAAGCCAAUCUUGCCGAGGUGUGGUGCAUCAAUCGUUAUCAAGAUGUCGCUAAAGCUGGAAGCCCGGAAGCUAGAAAUCGCCAGUGUUCGCAGCGUAGAUAG